CACCCACAUUUACCCCAAGCGAACACUGAGACGGAGAUGGCCUCAAUAGAUGACUUUGGAGAGAUUCCGGGUAUCAAGCCUGGCCAUAUAUUCAAGAAGAAGGACGACUGCUACAAAAGCGGAGUGCACAAGAGCCCGAGAGGUGGUGUUCACGGCAGCGAAGCGCUGGGUGCCGCCUCUAUUUGCAUCUCAGGGGGUUACGAAGACAACAAAGACGAGGGUAACAUUAUCUGGUACACAGGAUCUGGCGGUCAGGAUGAUGAAGGCUGCCAGACUCAGGUCGGAGAUCAGACGUUUACCUCGACCACGUCGAACCGAGCCCUUUACACGUCCUAUCAGCAGAGACGGGCAGUACGCGUAAUCCGUGGAGCAGGUAAAGCAAACUCCCUAACAAACAAUCUAUACGCGCCCAAGUCUGGAUACCGAUACGAUGGCCUGUACUAUGUAGACGAUGCACGGAUUGUUGAGGGCAAGAGUAAACACAAAGUGUGCCAGUUCAGAUUGGUCCGAAGCAUGACGGAGGGCAUGAAAGGCAUUCCCACCAGGCGCGUGUUGACCACUGAAAGACUCAAGAAGAUGAUGCGAUCAACUACACGCUGAUCCCACAUCCAAUUCACUGCUAUUAGCAUUCGCUCGUUGCUUCGCAUAUGAACCUGUAUAUCUAUAAUGACUUAUGUUCUCAUAUAUCCGAUUUUACGACUGCUAAUUGGCUUGACUUACUGCAAUGUAUAGCGAUUUCUUUGUGAUCACACGAACUUUUCUUGCGUUUGAAGACUAAGCAAAUACUGAGAUUUCCGGCUGUAGUAGGAUAUGGUGACAAUGUUCCUUGAAACACAAAUAAAAGUUGACUGCAUGAUGACAAAGGGCCAGAAUAAAUGGUUGGUAUCACGGUGAGGGAUAACAUGUUGGAUGAAACGGAACAAUAGAACAUGCCACGAAGAAGUAAGGAAAUGAGAGACCGGAGAAAACGACGACUAUCUCACAAAUUCCUAAUGACAGCGGCUCAGCGAAUUGUCUAUGGCGACUAGUUCUCUUCAUCUGGGAUGCUGGCGAUGCUCCGGGGCCGGUCAUCAGUCAACUUCGUGCCUUCAAGAAGGUUGACCAUGGCUUCAAUCUCAUCAUGGGCACCGGGGGAAGCAUCCUCCACGUGCUGGAUCUCGACGCCUGGGAUGGUCGCUUUCUCGUCCACGCCAUGGCCGUUGACAGUCUCCUCUGUAGCCUCAAUACUAUGCCCCUCGACAGCAGGCGCUCCAGUUUCGUGCUCUUCAUUCAAUGGUAGAUGUUCUUCAUCCACGUGCUCCGUCUCAUCAUGCGCUCCCCCAUCGGUAUGUUCUUCCACUGCAGCCUCUUCAUGCGAAGGUUCCUCAGCACUUAACUCUUCGAGAUGCUCCUCGCUCGUAGCUUCUGCGUGUACGAUAGCCCCCAGCUCCCCCUCAUCAGACAGCACAGGUUCUUCAUGGGUAUCCGUGUGUGAAUCCCCCGAGGCCUCCUCAUUGUGCUCCACUCCCGGAUGCGGAGCGUCGAUCUCCUCUUCGUGAGGUGCUUGCUGUUCUGCAACGACGGAAGCAGCGGCCGUGACACCGGCAGCAACGCCGGCACGAGCAGUCGGCUUAGCAGCGGUCUUCGCCUUGGGAUCUUUGGGCUUAGCAGCAGCUGGAGUUGACUUGGUUUUAGUGAUUGCAGAUGCGCGGGGCGGGCUCGUUGGUGACUUGACAUUCCUGGGCGACGUCACGGCGGAAGGGGCUGGAGCAGUAGAACGCGCCUUUGAUAGCGAUGCAGCCGUAGGCUUGCUGAGACGUUCUGAAGCGCUGCUGCUUGGGGCCGUUUUCUUCGUGGGAGCCGGCGCCUGCUGUGCAUUACGCGAUCGCGCCAGGGAAGCUGCGGUUGGUGCGUACAACCCUGAGGACGGCGUCUUGGGACGCGAUGCGCCAGCAGAGGGCGACAUGGUGCCCGAUGGACGAGGAUGCUUGGUUGGGGUGACAUGAGACUUUGGAGUCGCAGACCGUGGUACUGACCUCGCCGCCGAAGCAUGAGAAGGCGGCGUGUGUCCAGUAUUCUGAGAGCGAAGGGGCUGGGUGGUACGUGGCGGGGACUUUGGGGUUACCUUACUGGCAGGAUGAGUCGAUCUGCCUGGGGGUGCUUUGAUGGGUGAGGUCGAUUUGCGAGCAGCGGUAACCGCAGGGGCUUUGGUAGUGGGCUUCUUCUCAUCUGGACUCUGAGCGGGCUCCGGCGGCGGAGGUGGUGGGGAUGUGGGCUCGGUUGGUGAUUGCAUGGACGGAGACUCCGGCGGUGUAGGUGCCAUGGGUUGAGGGGGAGUGACUGGCUCCUUGCUGAUACUGGUGGAAGAGGAUGAGGGUGUGAGGGCUGGUUUCUCAGGUGACGCUACGGAUUUGGGAGGCCAUUCCCGUCUCUCUCUAAGUUCUUCCUUUGCGGCGUCCGCCGUGUGCUGCGACAAACCACUGGAGGUACGUGGGAUAAGGGGUGGUGAAGACGUAGAAGGCUUGGACUUGUUCUGUUGCUCAAAGCGUCCUAUAAGGUUGGCAACACUCGCCCGUGGACGCUCAUCUGGGAGAGGCCUGCGAUAGUGGGAGAUCGACGUCAAUCCGAUGGACGUUGAGGAACAUCGGAGGAACAGGAUACCGACAUUGUGCUGGCU